AAUAGUAGUAGUACUACCAUUAAAAAUAGGAAACCCAAAUCUCGGGAUUUUUUUAUUUUACUCUCGUUUCAAUGGACGAAAGCAUGGCUGCUGCAUAUUACCCUCCACCACCACCGCCACCGCCCGGCCACUACCCCACCAUCUAUUACCAACCUCCACCACCACCUCCUCCUCCUGUUGUAGCCCCCCCAUCACAACCACCUCCACCGCCGCCAUAUGUACCACAGCAGCCGCUGCCUCCUUUUGCCACAUACGCUCCUCCUUAUGUACCUUACGCAGGUCACGAUCUCGUCCGAACACUAUUCGUUGCAGGUCUACCAGAAGAUGUGAUGCCUCGCGAAAUAUACAAUCUAUUUCGCGAAUUCCCUGGUUAUGAAUCUUCUCAUCUUCGUACCCCUACCCAGACUUCUCAGCCAUUUGCUUUUGCUACAUUUGCGGAUCAGCCUUCUGCAGUUGCAGCUAUGCAUGCCCUCAAUGGUAUGGUUUUUGAUCUUGAGAAAGGAUCAACCCUGUAUAUAGAUCUUGCGAAAUCUAAUUCCAGAUCUAAGCGCUCGAGAACAGCUGAUGAAUGGCCUGGCUUAGAUAAGAAAGCUAAAGCUUCUCCUGCAAUUCCUCAGAGCAAUUUUGAUUCAGGUUUUGGCAGCGUUCACUUGCCUGGAAUGGGUAAUUCUGCUUACAACAUGAUUGGUUAUCCACCUGCACAAAGUCAUGGGACCUUUGAUAGCAGAGCUAAAACUGAGACAAAAAGCAUAAAUUCUAAUAAUUCAUCAGCACCUCCAUGUCCAACACUUUUUGUUGCUAAUCUGGGGCCAAAUUGCACAGAGCAAGAACUGACUCAAUUAUUUUCAAGAUUCGCUGGAUUUUUGAAAUUGAAGAUGCAAAGCACAUAUGGGGCUCCAGUUGCAUUUGUUGAUUUUCAGGAUACUGCAUGUUCAACUGGGGCGCUAAAUCAUCUUCAAGGCACAGUUCUGUACUCAUCAACUAGUGGUGAGGGCAUGCGGUUAGAAUAUGCAAAGUCACGGAUGGGAAUGCGGAGGAAGCCAAGGUGAUAAUACAGAAGGGUGAAUAUGCUUUUGUUUAUGCAUGGGCAUCCACUUAGAUGCCACUGUAUUGUAUUCCUGUACCAAGUAUAUGUUUUAGUGCCAUUGACAGUUUAUAAAUUCUUAAUUUUCUUUAUAAAAUCAAGGAAUAGUUUCUCAUAA